GGCUAUUUAAUGAGGAGAGGCACUUCUGAGUGACAAGCGGCAGAGGGGAGCUUACCCAGUUCAUAACACACUGAAACUGCGCUCUAAACUUUUGGUGUUGCUGAGGGAGGAAAACAAGUUUACAUUCACUUCAUAUUUUGGCUGCUACUGUAGGAUUUUUUAUUUUCAUAUUUUUAUUUGAGGACAGAAAAAGGAGAAACAAGGAGAUAAAAAAUGUCGACUCUUCAAUACAUUCAGCUGAAAAUUGACCCUAAGGAUCUUCAGAUCAGGACAAUAACUGUGGAAAGGUUACUUGAGCCACUGAUAAUUCAGGUCACCACACUAGUGAAUUGCCCAAAAUAUCCUUCUAACAAUAAAAAGGGUCGUUCUAAAAGGGGCCGUGUGCUCUUGAAGUCAGUGGAAGAAGCUACACUCAAUUUAAUUGAGAAGGGUGAAAAGAUUGCAAGGGAUACUGCAGUACUAAAGGAGGAGCUGACUGCAGCUGUGGAGGAGGUUCGAAGAGAAAGUAUUUCCCUGACUCGGACAGCGAGAGAGUUUACAGAGGAUCCCUGUCACCUGUCCAAACGAGAGGCUGUGGUUCAAGCGGCCCGCGCUCUUCUUGCAGCAGUUACCAGACUCCUCAUUCUUGCGGAUAUAAUAGAUGUGAUUUUUCUCUUGCAAUAUCUAACCACUGUGCAGAAAACAUUUGACUUCUUGAGAACCACAUCCAACAAAGCAGAACUGAAAAAGGCUAAUCAGAAAUUUGUAAAGGAGCUGGAGUUGCUUGAUAAACUGGCCUAUAAACGACAACAGGAUCUGAAAUCCCCUGAUCAACGUGAUGAGAUAGCAGGUGCACGAGCAUCACUGAAGCAAAACUCAACCUUGCUUUACUCAACCUCUUCAGCUUGCCUUGAGCAUCCCGAUGUUGCUUCUUUGAAAUCCAGCAAGGACUCUGUCUGUAAUGAAAUACAGAACGGUCUCACUGCUAUUUCCAAUGCUGCACAGGGCUUUGGAGAAGCCAAGGUUCAGCCAACGUCAGCUUCUGGAACUCUUGGUGGAGCACUUGAUGAUCUUGAGAGUGCAAUUAUCAUCGAUCCCUUGACUGUGAGGGAGGAGAGCAUUAGGCCAGCGCUGGAGAAACGUUUAGAAGCCAUUAUCAGUGGGGCUGCACUGUUGGCUGACUCCUCCUGCACACGAGAUCUCCACCGGGAGCGCAUCAUUACAGAGUGCAAUGUGGUGCGUCAGGCUCUUCAGGAACUCCUCUCUGAGUACAUCAAUAAUGCUGGUGUGAAGGAACGAAGCAACCCUUUGAAUAAUGCCAUCGAUAAUAUGUGCAAAAAGACAAGAGACCUUCGCAGACAACUAAGGAAGGCUAUCAUAGAUCAUGUCUCGGAUUCCUUCCUGGACACAACCGUCCCCCUUCUGGUCCUCAUUGAGGCGGCUAAAAAUGGAAAAGAAAGAGAGAUUAAAGAAUAUGCUGCAAUAUUUAGAGAGCAUGCCAACAAGCUUGUGGAGGUUGCUAAUCUUACCAGCUCAAUUUCAACCAAUGAAGAUGGUGUCAAGAUUAUUCAAAUGGCAGCACACCGCAUCGAGACCUUAUGCCCUCAGGUAAUCAAUGCUGCCCUGGCUCUUGCAGCAAGGCCUAAAAGCCAGACUGUAAUGAACAACAUGGAGGUGUAUAAAAAGACCUGGGAGAACUAUGUGCGCCUCCUGACCGAGGCUGUGGAUGACAUCACCAGCAUUGAUGACUUUCUCGCAGUGUCGGAGAGCCACAUACUGGAAGAUGUUAAUAAAUGCAUCAUCGCUCUUCGAGAACAUGAUCUUGACAGCCUUGACCGUGCAGCGGGGGCAAUCCGGGGACGAGCUGCCAGAGUCGCCCAUGUGGUAACCGGGGAGAUGGACAACUAUGAGUCAGGCAUCUAUACACAAGGAGUCAUGAAAAAUGUGAACUUCCUCACUGAGAAUGGCAUUCCAGAGUUUGUCGUUCAAGUCAGCAAGGCUUUGGAAGCUCUUAGCUCAGAUACAAUGCACCAGUUUGAUGAUAAUCUGUUUGUUGAUGUCUCUAAGAAGGUUUAUGAUUCGAUUCAUGACAUCAGGUGCUCUGUUUUGAUGAUCCGGACUCCAGAGGAACUUGAAGAUGUAUCUGAUUUAGAAGAGGAUUAUGAAAGUCGCAGCCGCACCAGUGUCCAAACGGAGGGGAAGACAGACAGGGCAAAGAUGACACAAUUGCCAGAGUCUGAAAAAGCAAAGAUAGCGGAGCAAGUAGCCGAUUUUAAAAAGGUGAAGAGUAAGCUGGAUGCAGAGAUUGAAAUCUGGGAUGACACCAGCAAUGAUAUAAUUGUGCUUGCUAAGAAGAUGUGCAUGAUUAUGAUGGAGAUGACAGAUUUCACCAGAGGGAAAGGACCACUGAAGCUCAUCUCCGAUGUCAUCAAUGCUGCAAUGAUGAUUUCAGAUGCCGGUUGCAGAAUGGAUGUUCUGGCUCGACAGAUUGCUAACCAGUGCCCAGAUCCAUCCUGUAAACAGGAUUUGCUGUCUUAUCUGGAGCAGAUCCAGCUUUACUCCCAUCAGCUGAAAAUCUGCAGUCAGGUGAAAUCUGAAAUUCAGAACUUGGGUGGAGAGCUCAUCACAUCUGCACUGGAUAGUGUUACAUCCCUUAUCCAAGCAGCCAAAAACCUGAUGAAUGCUGUUGUGCAGACAGUAAAGAUGUCCUACAUUGCAUCAACUAAAAUCAUCCGAAUCCACAGCCCCACUGGACCUCGUCACCCUGUUGUCAUGUGGCGGAUGAAAGCCCCCGAAAAGAAGCCACUAAUUAAAAAGGAGAAGCCAGAAGAUGUUUAUGCAGCUGUCAGGAAAGGUUCUGCCAAAAAGAAAAUUCACCCUGUCAAAGUUAUGAGUGAGUUUAGAGGAAGACACGUCCAGUAAACCUGAAUUAUACAUUUGUAAAAACGUGUCCAAUUCUGUAACUAGUUUGGGUGUGUUUUGUGAACAACACGCUAUUUAACGUAUCAAAGUAGAUUUUCUUUAACAUUUUCAGUGUCACCCACAGUACAUUUAUGCGUCAAUGUCUUAGAGUUAUGCACAUGGUUAAUUGUGGCAUAUAAUUCAGCUGCAUUACUUAAUUGUUGUCUUUCACAUGUUUUGCUAAACCAUUCCUUCCUUUUGCUUCUGUGUAGAUGGCACUCUAAACUAAAGGUAAUUAAGUAGAAAAUACAAGUGUUAAAAAUGGAGGGAUGAUAACAACUUAUUAGACCAUUUCUAUGUGUCUCUUUCUGUAAUAGACUCUUAUUGCUGGUCAUUUUUAAACUUGUAGUGUUUAUUUUUAAAACCUAUUACCCAAAUGGAAGCAAGGCGCACAAUGUCAUGUUAAAGGAAGUGGAAAAUCCUUUAAGAAGACGUACAUGGUGCAUUUAGCAACACAUGAGACAAUCUUAGGAAGAAUAUAAUGCUUCAUAUAUUUAUUUUGAAAUUAAGUGCAAUACAGUAUGUAACUGCUUUUAGUUAAGAAAAAAAUAUAUUUGAAAAUGAGAUUUAAGAAAAAAUAAAUAAGAUAAGUGCUUUGGCCAUGCUUUAAGGGGCUGACAUGCAUUAACAAUAUUGUUAGCGUUUCUUAUUGCAACAACAUUUUUUUCUAAUGUAUUUUUCCCCUAAAGAUUUUGUCUCCACUAGAAGCUUUUACUUUUUAAAAUGAUGUAGCUGUUUGUCAAGUUGAGGGAUUGAUCUGUAAUUGUAUUCAAAGCUGGGGUACAAGUGUAUCAGUGGAUGCUCAUCAUAAGAGGCUAUGGAGGCAAAGCCUACGUGUAAUUUUGCAAAAGUAAAAAAGCUUACCUGAUGUCAUGCUUUACAAGGUCUACUGUAUUGCUAUUGGCUAAAAUGUAGCCUCAAAAUGGGUGGGAUUCUGUGUGUAUUACACCUGCAAUCAUCCUCUGUCUGUGAAGUUUUACUGUAUUUGUAUUGGUUACAUGAUGCAAACUCGUGGCUAGCCUCUACCACUCAUAAUUAGACUUAAUCUUGACGUGUCUGUUGCCAGGCAGGUUAUGGGUCAUGUGUGGUUACUCCCUUAAGUUUCGAUUUCCAUAUACAGUACGUAGUGUAUUUUUUAUAACAUUGUAGAUUUGUUUAAUUCAUACACAAUUGUCCUUGCUUUCAAUUAAGGAAAAAAUAAGAAUAAAAAUAACUAUAAAGUUUGUCCAAAGCCUAAAAUGGACCUUCUUCAACAGGGAGGACCAAAACAAAAUUGCCUUUUUAAUUGCUCAUGGUAUGAAAAAACAAAAUGGUUGACUGAGAGUAUUCCCAGUUUGGUUUUUCAAACCGGCUUCCCUGUGGAUUUCUGUGGGCUACAGUGAUUUAAAAAAUCUUCCACAAGCUGUAAAAAUAAAAAAUUCUCACUCAGGAUUCAUCAAUCAAGUAAGUCCACAAUGUUUUUGUUAUAUUCAGUUGCUUGCCUUGUGUGCUGCAUAUACUAUAUUACUGUAUUACAUUUCUUGUUAAAUUAUGAAGUACCUUUUGAAACCUGCAAAAUUGUUUAAUAUCAUGCCCCCUUCUUUAUUAUCACAAAAACCACUCGCUAUGCACCAUAUUUUGAAAAAUUACCUCUCUUAUUAUCAUCUCACCUGCUUAUUGUCACGUUUUGUGCAGCCUGUCAAAUGCUGCAUGGCCAGGCUUUAAUAAGUAAGCACAGUAUAGAAUUAAUUUCCAUCGCAACUAACAACCAAUAAUCAUCUUGGCUGAUAAACUGACAUUUUGUGCAGCCUGUAAAAUGCUGUGUGGGCGGUCUUAACGGGAUACAGUUCAGUUACAAAACACCAACGUCACCAAAUUUUUCAGUCAGUCUUAUUCACAAAAAAAACAAACACCAAGUGCAACGCCUAACAUCAGUCGACCUUUUUUAGAUAAUGACAUAAACUGUUUUGUUCCAGUUAAUGAUACAAAACGUAUUUGUCCUGUAGUAAACUAUAUGCAUUUGUUUAAAUGUAAAGAACGACUGAAUGUACAGUAUUAAAACACAGCUCUUUAAUUUACUGUUAGUUUUCUUUCUUUUUUUCUCUCGCACUCGUAAUGUGCUGUCAUAGGCAACCGUGAAAUGCCUGCACGGCAAUCAUGAUAUAAAGCGGGUUCAUCUAUCUAUCUAUCUAUCUAUCUAUCUAUCUAUCUAUCUAUCUAAAAAGCAAUAAAAGCAGGUUUGUUGUUUAGCCUUCCCACUUAUUAAAUUAUUGUAUGCAACCAAUAUGUGCAUCAUAUUUAUUUUGAAACUACCAACUUGUUCAAGCACUCUAAAUGCAAUAUAUACCUUUGAAAGCAAUAUAUACCUUAUUGAAUCAAGCAUAUAUAUGAAAUUAAAUGGGUAUGAAGCCAUAGAAUACUAAUUUAUUGCCAGGGGGACAUAUAGAAACUGUAUUUAUCAAUAAACUACUGCAUGCUCUUUGUAUUGUGUAAUAAAUGGAAAUGCUGGAUGAAUACAUCAGCUGUGAACUUAUCUUUUCAGUUUUAGAGAUCUUAGUCAUGUGUGAACACCACAUAAAACAUUUAUGCAUUUAUGUAUUACGCUAACAUGAAGAAACAAAGACAUAGGAAGUAGAAACAGCUUUAACCGCUUUAUAGCGAGCCACAGCCCAAAUAGUAUGCACUGGACGGUCCAGAUUCAAGGCUGAGUGUUUAUCCACCAGUUAGAUCUUUGAUAAGGUGGAAGUUCUGCAAAACGUGUGCUCUCUCGUGUGCUCUUACAGCAAUGUGUGGAAGUUUAAAAGAUAAAGCAUUCAUAAAGGUGCUCUAAUUCACUUUAAUAAUAUUUAUAGCUACUGAAAAAUGCUAUCUGUUAAAUGUUGUUAAAGAAAAAUAAAAAAUACUUUGAUGGCA